UUCAUUAUCGUAUCAUAUAUCAUGUGAUAUCGCGAUCGCGAAAAUAUCGAGAUAUUAUCCAACGGCGCUUUGAUAAUCAAUCUCUAAAUCUGUUCGAAUACAAAUUUUCCAACAAAACGUUUUUUUAUAUACAGACUAAAAACUAGCAUUUUACUAAAAAUAAUUAUCAACAACAAACAUAUCACCUUAAAAUAUUCUAGAAUAUGAAUUGUUUGAAAUUCUUGAGCUUGUUUGUUUGUCGUUAACCAACAAAUAAGUCCAUCAAGAAUACAUUUGGUUACUAUACUUUAGAACACAUUUGACGUCUAGAAAAAUCGCUGAGUUGAAUUUUCUCGAUAGUUUAAAGAAGACAAAGUGAAAUUAUACAUAGGUACUCAAUUUUAAAGCUAAAGUCGAUCUUAGCUGUAAGAAAAGCCAUAAAUAAUGUCUGAAGAACAGAAGAAUUCCUGUGUUUCUGAAGAAAUUAAGCCGAAGAUCAAACAUGAUUGGUACCAGACGGAGUCACAAGUGGUUGUCACUAUAUUAAUCAAGAAUGCCCUAAGCGACCAAGUCAAAGUCCAGUACAGUGAACGAAGUCUAUCCUUUUCUUGUCCGUUACCUAACUCAGACUCCGAGUACAGUUUGGAACUUGAAUUAGCACAUGAAAUAAUACCAACAAUGUGCAGUUACGUAGUGAGCCCGUCGAAGAUAGAGAUCAAGCUACGUAAGAAGGAAGGUCUAAGAUGGAACCAGCUGGAAGGGGAAGGGACUGAGAAAAAAGUUAAGGCCAUUCCUCAGGCUGUAAUCGACGCUUCCGGACCGCAGCAACCGCCUCAACUAUUCAGAAAAGACUGGAACAAGAUCGAGAAGGAUAUUAAAAAAAUGGAAGAAGAAGAGAAACCAGAAGGAGAUGCUGCACUUAAUGCUCUCUUUAGAAAAAUAUACGGUGAAGGAUCUGAUGAAGUCCGACGUGCCAUGAACAAGAGUUUUGUCGAGUCCGGAGGCACUGUGCUCAGCACCAAUUGGACCCAAGUGGCUCAAGACAAGGUCGAAGUGAAGCCACCAGACGGACUGGAGUUCAGGAAGUGGGACUCGUAAACUGCUCAAAAGAUAUCGGCUAACCAUAGACUAUUAUUACUAUCCUAUGUUCUCGUUAUCUUAGUAUUUACAAGUAACCCCUGUAUUUUGGGCUUGGGGAAAAGUGUGCUGCAAGAAUAAUAGAAGGAAGGAUCAACCAAUUUACAAUUGAGAUUUUAACGAGUGAUUUAUGUAAUUAGAGUUUCGUCUGUGUCUACAUACACAUUUACAUUUUCGAGUUAUCUCGAAAAUGAGUUUAUAGAGUGGGUAGGAUUCAGUUGAUCGCUAUUGGAGCUGUUAAAUCUGAUAAAUUUAUGACUUUGUAGGAGUUUCAAAGCAUGAAGCGUCUGUGAACUCGGGGCCACUUAUUAUCGUGCUGGCCGUGAGACUUGCUACCAAUGAGUUAACCAACCUACCAAAUUGAGACCAAUGUUGUUAUAAGGAAUUUUGAGAAAAACAUUGGUACAAUAACACAAAAAAAUUGAGUUCACAAAAUUUAAUGUCAUUAAUAGACGGCCAGCGUGACUGCUGAUGUCCAUGGACCACUUAUACCAGCAUCUUGCUUCCUCAUAUAUACGCACAAAAUGUAUUUUUGUUUUGACGACAGAAGAAGGGCCACUUCUAGUCUCACUUGUUGUUAAGUUGUUACCGGUGUAGCUUACACAGUCACCGUGCUGGUGGAACGCCCCGGAAAGAAGCGAUAGAAUCGACUUACUAUCAAGUGGACUCUUAUGCUUUUAUCCAUCAUUAAAAAAUAUAUAUUCGUUGAUUCAGAAAACAAUCAGUUACAAUGUUUCUCUUAUCGUGUAUCACGUUCAACUUAGUUUCUAUGUAUUCGAUUAGAUAAUAUUUAAUUAGAUUUGAUUUUAUUUGUAAAUGCAUUAUAUAACUUAGCAGUGUAUUGGAGCUGUCGUCUAAACCAUGGCCGGUUUUAAAGUGGGUUUUCAAUGUCACAUUAGUUUCAAUGCGAUUUAAAAUCAGCUGACAUUGGAUAGAUAUUAUAUUUUUUUGCCACGCACCAUCCGGCUUUGGAAUGAGCUCCCCUCCACGGUGUUUCUCGAGCGCUACGACAUGUCCUUCUUCAAACGAGGCUUGCGGAGAGUACUUAAUGGUAGGCAACGGUUUGGCUCUGCCCCUGGCAUUGUUGACUUCCAUGAGCGACGGUGACCACUUACCAUCAGGUGGGCCAUAUGCUCGUCUGCCUACAAAGGCAAAAAAAUAAUAUAUGUUUUGGCUUUUGUUGAAGCCUCUAGGAAGUCAUGUCGCUCGGGAAACAUCGUUGGAGCUCAUCCCAGAGCCGCCGGUGGGUAGGCAGCAAAGUGGAUCUCUGGAAACGCAGUGAACGCAGCGUCUCCAAGUAAUAUGGAUGAGCUCUGCUCCGAUAGUGGUGGGGUGAUACUAAUAAAGAGAUUCCAAAGAGUCUUGGGAACGGGAUCAUUGAUAAUGCAAACGGUCCUCUUCUGUAUUGAGUCAAAUGGAAGAAGGUGGGAACAGCUCUCUAAGCGAGACCGGAGUCUUUGUCCAGUUCUUGAAGCACCGCUUUGCUCUAUCGAGGGCUCUCAACUGACUCCAAUACUGAACAUCGGCCGUACAUCAACUUUAAGAAUAAACGCGCAAGGUCGCAGGGAUAAUCCUUGGGAAAACGCCGCUAGGACCAAAUGGUUCUUAGCAGUGGACACAUAAACCUGCGUCCUCACAAUUGAACCAAAUUCAAUCGGCCCUAAAGAGUUCUCUACUUCAAACAAAAGUUUUGAUCAUCUUUCCUGUAUUACGCUCCAAAAGAAACUCCAAUAGUGGCUAUAUCUAUAUAUGAAUCCAUUUCGUUAACUGAUAACAUCUCGUUGAUAUUCAGAACGAGAACACUGAGCCUUGUAUGGCGUCAUGAUGCGCCAUGUGUCCAAAAAGCUAGCAAACCAUUUUCAGAUCACCUCCGGAAUCCGAUUAUAGAAUCCUAUCUACAGAAGGGGUCAGAAACUGGGUCUGGAACCCUCAUCAUCUUGGAAAGAAAGGAAGUUAUGUUAGAGGUUAAGAAGUCAUGUUAUUAAAAUUACCCUUUGCCAAACUUCUUAAAGCCCGUAAACGUAGCAUUAUAAAAAUUAUAAUUAGAAAAUUGUAUAACCAGUUAGAGUGUAAGUUUUUUUAAAUAAAAUAAAGCGUUUUAUGUAUAA